CGUGCGGCGUGAAAAUGUUGCGCAGGUUUUUUGAAAUAUUUUAGAAAACAAGAGAUGAAGAACGUGUGAAUUUCUGGGCCGCAUUCUGAAGCAUCAAAAAACGGAAACAGACCGCUGGGAAUAAAGCGAAAAUUACAGUAGUGAGGGAGAAACAGUUAGUGAAGGGUAGGGUAAAAGGGCUGCCUUGUAUGGAGCUCUCGGCCAUCGGGGAGCAGGUCUUUGCUGUGGAGUCCAUCCGGAAAAAAAGGGUCCGGAAGGGUAAAGUGGAAUACUUGGUCAAGUGGAAAGGAUGGCCACCAAAGUACAGCACAUGGGAGCCAGAGGAACACAUACUGGAUCCGCGUCUUGUGAUGGCCUUUGAAGAGAAGGAACAGAGAGACCGAGGACUAGGUUGCCGAAAGAGAGGCCCAAAGCAAAAGCACAUUAUCAUAAAGAGGUAUUAUGGGAUGGAUUUGCGGAGUGCUCACAAAAUAAAGGGGAAAGAGAAGAUGAACUUUUCCUUGUCCCGAAGAUUUAGCCCUAGACGGAGGGGGAAAUCUGAAUCUAAUGACCUAGGAGCAAAGGGCAAAUCAAAAUCCUUUUCCAUUGGGAGGCACCGAAAGAACCAGAAGUUUUUUAGGCUGUCAAGGAAAAAAUUUUCUCGAAUGACCCAUUAUGAGAGCCUUAGCAGACGAAGGGGCUAUUUCUUAACUGAACCAGAUGUAAAGUUGACUUCAGAGAAGAAUUGGGAGAACUGCCAGACAAGGGAAGAGGAGGAAAUAGAAUUGAAGAGGAGUGGCAAAACACCAAAUGUAAAUACAUCUUGGCAUCCUACAGUAUCGCCCAGUGAAGUUACAGUGACAGAUGUGACUGCAAAUUCCAUCACUGUCACCUUUAAAGAAGCACUUGCAGCUGAAGGUUUCUUUCGUGAUCGUAGUAUGGAGUUCUGACAGAAAAUUUGUUACAAAAGCAGAUAUCCAUAAGGGGAUUUGUUAAAAAUGUUGACUCUGACUGUUAGUAAGAUAUAUAUAUAUUUUUUUUUUUACAUUUUAUAAAUAUGAGGGUUGGCAGGAAUCUGCAUUGUGGAUAAAACAAACAAAAAAAAUCAGUUCGUUACACUUCAAAAUUCAGGGUUUUUAGGAU